AUGGCGAGCGCUCAGCUUGCUAACCUGGAGGCCUUCCUCCUGGGUCAUCCAAGUAUUAAAUACACAGCACCCUCGUCACCUGAGUUCUCCACCGUGUGCAAAGUAUGGAAUCUGGCCCGUCCAGACAUCCCGCUUGCUGUCGUCCAUCCCCAAAAUGCAGAGGAUGUGAGGGUUUUAGUACAAUUUGCCAAGUCUAACGGACUCAAAUUCACCAUCCGCGUAGGGGGUCAUAACAUGGAAGGCCGGGCCCUCGUGGAUGACGCCCUUGUUAUCGAUCUUCGGGCGCUUACGGGGGUCAAGGUAGCCGAAGAUCGCCAAUCGGCUACAGUGGAGGGAGGAAUCCUUCAGGGAGAGCUCGGAACAAAACUAUGGGCCGAAGGACUCGCCACGCCCACUGGGUCAAUACCGUGCGUUGGCUAUGUCGGAUGGGCGACGUAUGGAGGAUAUGGACCUUCUCAUCACACUGGGGGUUGGGGGCCGAUCAGAUCCUUGCUCCUAAGGGGCAUUCGUGGGGUGGGAGGUGUGUUUGGUGUCAUUGUUGAUUUGACUAUCAAGGUGUAUCCGCUUCAAAGUCUUCUAGCCGGUGCCAUCCUGUUUGAUUCCCAGGAUAUCACCAAGGUCUUUGCGGAUUUUAGCACCGGAUACCAAAAGCUAUUAGAAAAUGGCAUGCCCGAGCAGCUAACCAUCCAACAAGCAGUAUUCAACGCGCCUCCUGGACGCGUUUUCGCUGUCAUUGUCGCCUGGAGUGGCGAUGACAUCGAAGAGGGCAAGCACUGGACUAACCAGAUCGCAGCCUUGGGACCACUUCUCAUGAACACAGUCGUGGAGACUACAAUCCCCGAGUGGUUCACCGGAAACGCAGCUUUAGUCCCGUCAAGUGUAUACGGAUCCAGUCGCACACUCAAUCUGCAUAACGUCACGCCCGAAGUCACCGAGGCAAUUGGACGCAAUCUGACCACACUACCAUCUGAUCCAGGCACCAUGAUGUCCGUACAUCAGCUGAGGGGCCCCUCAGCGGCGCCGAAAGGCAGCUCUGUCUUUGCUACCAGAGAGCCGCACUAUAUGCUCGAGAUCCUUGGGUUUGCAACGGUGGAGAACCGUAAAGAGGAGGCUGAGAAAUGGGCAUCUGACAUUGCGGAGGCGAUCUCGGAGACAGACGCUGGAAAUAUUCUUCCCACUACGUAUAUCUCUCUGUAUUCUGGUAGUGAGCGUGGAGUUGACCCACUGGGUCAGUUCUAUGGCUCUCAUACGGAGGAGAUUCUUUCGUUGAAAAAGGAAUAUGAUCCUGAGGACUUGUUUCACUGGAUUGUGCCUCAGUUGCAAUAG